AUGCCCGGUGCAAACGUAGCAGUCCUCCCGCCCCCUGCGGCCUCGACAGCGUCUUCGCGAAAGGCCUCGCUGGCACCCGAACGUAAAUACAAGUGCCAGUUCUGCAACAGGGCUUUUAGCAGGAGCGAACACCGAAGUCGCCAUGAACGAUCACAUACCAAAGAGCGUCCUUUCAAGUGCAUGAAGUGUAGGAGUACUUUUGUCCGCCGUGACCUUCUUCUUAGACAUGACCGUACCGUCCACGCCAAGGAUGGCGGCGUGCCCCUUCACAGCGAUGGCAAGCGCCGGGCCGGUCCCAAGACUCGCGCUGUCGGUGCCCCUUCAAAAUCUUCUAUCGCUAUUGAUACUUCGACCCUGGAACAAAUGGAAUCUGGUGCUGAUGGCAUCUUUGACGUUGAGACGGCUGCCAUGCUUGUAGCCGAUCUGCAUCACAAGGCCACCGCCGCUAUGCGCGAAGACCACUCAUACGAGGACAGUCCAUCGAUGGCUUAUUCACCCCACAAUGCUUCUGCUAUGGAGUCUACUGUGACCUACCCUUCAGGCGCCAUCGCACUACCUCAGGUUCAGUGGGAUGGUUUUAUGUCUCAAUCAGUCGCCGAGCCCAAAGCCCAUUCGAUAACGUCCAGUGCAUCCGGGUCAUUCGAGUCUCAACCUUCUUUCACCAGCGGCACUACCCUGCAAGCUAAUUCGAAUAAACUCCCCCCUAUCAGUGGACAGAACUGCAACGGCCUGGUACCGGCCCUACAGUCUAUGAUCAACUCGUUGCCCAACUCUGCAGCUGUGCCGCCCUCUCCAUGGUCGUCAGAUUCAUCCAAGCCUGGAUACAAGGCCCCUGAAGUGAUGGGGGAUGAUGAGCGCAACGCUAUCCUUGACAACAUUCGCAGUGCCGACAGCGAGCACGCCAUCCCUGAGGGUUUCCGCCUGCCAGGCCUAGGUUCAUUGAAUCGGUACCUUUCAACAUACUUCGGUCUAUUCCAUCACCAUUUGCCUUUCUUGCAUCCUGCCUCAUUCCAUCCCACCAAGGUCUCACCCCAGCUUUUGUUGGCAGUUCUCAGCAUUGGCGCUCUCUAUGCUUUCGACCAAGAACAGGCAUACAUGCUCCACAUUGGCUCCAAGGUUCUGGUUAACCAGUUCCUACAGAGUAAGGAGAAUUUUAGCUCCCGAAAGUGUCCCCUGUGGACCAUGCAGAGCAACCUCCUUAACAUGAUCUUUGCUAGCUGGAGUGGUGACCCCAAGGGCCUGGAGUGGACCUGCUCAAUCAAGAGUCUGCUCGCCAACAUGGUCGCGGGUAACAGAUACGAGCUGAAGCUUCGCCAAGAAGCUCGGUCAGGUGCAAAGCCCACUCGUGCCGACUGGGUAGAAGAUGAGGGCUGCCGCCGUACAUAUUACGCUGUCUACAUCUUCUUUGGUCUUUUGACACUUACCUACAACCACACGCCGGCCAUCAGUUUCAGCGAGUUUGAAGAUUUACAGCUCCCUUCCACCGAAACGCUAUGGAACUUGCAGGCACCAGACGAGACGGCAUGGCAAGAGCAUCUGGCAGCUUCCACUACCGUGACCUUUAUGGAGGCUCACGACAACCUUUUCCAGGGUGAGACGCUUCGAUACAGCACAUUCGGCACCCGCGUCAUGAUCAACGCUUUGUUUCUUGAGGUCUGGUAUCACAAGCGCAGUCCUGAAGCACUGCAAGACGUGGUAACAGAGUACAAGUUGCGGCUGGCGCUAGAAACAUGGGAGAAGUCCGUCGAUAUGUGUGAGGCCGAGGCCUUUCCUGUGCCGAUCAGUGCUCCCCACAAAGGCCAUCCUUUAAUUUUCAACGCGAAAGCCAUGUACCGUAAUGCUCGUGCCCGUCUGGAAGUUGACCUCAAGGCGGUCCAGGAAGCGCUUCGCUACCAUGAGUCCUAUGAGGUUGCUGCUGCGAUGACGCAUGCCAGGGAUCGCGUGAAGCGCUCGAGUGAGAUGAUCAAGGUUAUUGAGGAAUGCUAUAACUGCCUGGAAACUGUUGUUUCUCAAGGAGUUAGAUGGAUUGCCCGUGUAUCGCCUACCAAUUGGAGCGUAGAGCAUGCGCUCUGCGGAAUGGAUCUCAUGAUCAUUCUAUCGCUGUGGUUGUAUCGCCUGGAACAUGACGAGGAGCCUGCGACUCAGGAAGAGAUGGCCAUGUACAACAAGGUCCGACAGCUUCUUGUGAAAGAAAUUGAUGAGAACUACAUGUCUCAGCUGAGCGCUGUUGUCGCACGACUCUGGGGCUCGAUACUCGAUGAAGUCGUUGUUUGGGGCAUGACACGACUUAUGGGCGACGCCUUCAAAUUGCAUUCUCAGGCCCUUGUCGGCUAUGUCGAUGAUCCUGAAGCAUCCUCAAAUGUCUCGACUCCCUCGAUGAUCUCGCAGGGGGCAGACGAGGAUAGCGUGUACUAA